AUGGCUGCCACGGGGGACGACGGGCUCUUCGACGCCCUGGUGCUGGGCGCCGGGAUCCAGGGCUCCUGCGCUGCCUACCACCUGGCGCGCCGCCGCCUGAAGACGCUCCUGCUGGACCAGUUCCCGCUGCCCCACACGCGGGGAAGCUCCCACGGUCAAAGCCGCAUCACCCGCAGCGCUUACCCGCAGGAUAUCUACCUGGCCCUGAUGGCCGAAGCGAAGGGGCUCUGGGCCCAGCUGGAGGCCGAGUCGGGCAUUCAGCUGCACAG